UUAAAUAACGUUACAGAGAAGCUUUGGUCCUAAACUUCCUCCUUAUCAACAAACGCUUUACUCCUUUGAACCAAAGGCCAACGAAGAGAACAAAACAUUCUAUUCAUAGCCAUUCACAACCAAAACACCAAAACUUUUCUUGCUAAAGAAGAAACAAGAGAACAACACACACAGAGAAAAAAAAAAAUAGAAAAACCUCUCAAAUUUUCUCUUCCUCCUUGAGCUUUUACCUCCUUCCUCUCCUCUCCUCUCCUCUCACCCUUUAAUGCAACAAUGGGAAACUGCUGCUCUAACGGACGUGACUCAGGCGACAACGGAGACACGCGCGGCAUAACCGCUUCAAACGCUGGUCCAACUGCCGAAGCCUCCGUACCACAAUCCAAACACGCCCCUCCUUCUCCUCCUCCCGCAACAAAACAAGGCCCCAUAGGACCCGUCUUAGGCCGUCCCAUGGAAGAUGUAAAAUCCUCAUACUCUCUAGGCAAAGAGCUAGGGAGAGGACAGUUCGGCGUCACGCACCUCUGCACGCAGAAGGCGACAGGUCAGCAGUUCGCUUGCAAGACCAUUGCCAAAAGGAAGCUUGUGAACAAAGAAGACAUUGAGGAUGUAAGAAGGGAAGUGCAGAUAAUGCAUCACCUUACUGGUCAGCCGAACAUUGUGGAGCUUAAAGGAGCUUAUGAGGAUAAACACUCUGUGCAUUUGGUCAUGGAGCUUUGCGCUGGUGGAGAGCUGUUCGAUAGGAUUAUUGCUAAAGGGCAUUACUCGGAGAGAGCUGCUGCUUCCUUGUUGAGAACCAUUGUUCAGAUUGUGCAUACUUGUCAUUCCAUGGGGGUUAUUCACAGGGAUUUGAAGCCUGAGAACUUUUUGUUGCUCAGCAAAGACGAGAAGGCUCCUCUCAAGGCCACUGACUUUGGGCUGUCUGUAUUCUACAAGCCGGGAGAGGUGUUUAAGGAUAUAGUGGGUAGUGCUUAUUACAUUGCGCCUGAGGUUUUGAAAAGGAAGUAUGGACCUGAAGCUGAUAUUUGGAGUAUUGGUGUCAUGUUGUAUAUCCUCUUAUGUGGUGUCCCUCCCUUCUGGGCUGAAUCGGAGAAUGGGAUAUUCAACGCCAUCUUAAAGAGCCAUGUUGAUUUCUCAAGUGAUCCAUGGCCAUCAAUCUCACCUCAGGCGAAGGAUCUUGUUAAGAAGAUGCUCAACUCUGAUCCUAAGCAAAGACUAACUGCUGCUCAAGUUCUCAACCAUCCAUGGAUCAAGGAGGAUGGAGAAGCACCAGAUGUUCCUCUUGACAAUGCGGUGAUGUCCAGGCUCAAGCAAUUCAAAGCAAUGAACAAUUUCAAGAAAGUUGCAUUACGGGUGAUAGCGGGUUGCUUAUCAGAGGAAGAGAUCAUGGGGUUGAAGGAGAUGUUUAAAGGUAUGGACACAGACAACAGUGGAACAAUUACACUCGAGGAGCUAAGACAGGGACUCGCUAAGCAAGGUACAAGGUUGUCAGAAUACGAAGUCCAACAAUUAAUGGAAGCUGCCGAUGCUGAUGGUAAUGGAACAAUAGACUAUGGUGAGUUUAUCGCCGCCACAAUGCAUAUCAACAGACUUGACAGAGAAGAACAUCUCUACUCAGCCUUCCAACACUUUGACAAAGACAAUAGCGGAUAUAUCACUAUGGAAGAGCUGGAACAAGCCCUACGAGAGUUUGGCAUGAACGACGGCAGAGACAUUAAAGAGAUCAUUUCAGAGGUCGAUGGAGACAAUGAUGGUCGGAUAAACUAUGACGAGUUCGUGGCAAUGAUGAGAAAAGGAAACCCUGAUCCUAUCCCAAAGAAGCGGCGUGACCUCUCAUUUAAAUGACACUACCAAACGUUGAAAGUAGAGAGAGGAAGAGAGAAGAUAUCAAAAAGAGAGCAGAACAUGAGUCAAUCAAAACUCAUCUUCCUUUUAACAAUGAGGCAAUCAAAAUUAAAAGCAUGCUCGGAUUACUAAUGAUUGAAACAGGAGGACAUCGUUCAAGAGAUGAGAAGGCUCAAGAAGGGAGAAAAAAAAAAUCAGUAAUUCAGGAUUUGGGGAGGGGAAGGUGUGAGAUUUUAUUGUACAUUUAUUUUUUCUGGUUUCUUAAUGUACUUACAAGAUUCUUUUUCAAUUCUAUUGUAUGUGUUAGUGAUA